AUGGCGGACCCGCGUUUGUGUCGCGAGUUCCUGAAGGGCACGUGCUACCGCUCGAACUGCGGGUACGUCCACUCCUACGAGGGCGACGGGCGCGCCCCGUCCCGGGAGGGCUCCCGAUACGGCUUCGACCGCGGGGCGCCCCGGCCGAAUCCCUCGCGCCACGAUCUCUUCCCGCACAACAACGAGGCGGGCCACGGCCAGGGCCCCAAGGGCCAGCAGCCCACCCCCGGGGACUGGCUCUGCGGGCCGUGCGACACCCUCAACUUCAAGAAGCGCGACACGUGCUGCAAGUGCGACGCCGCGCGCGCGAUCCGAUCACUCGAUCUCACGAGCGGGAACAUCCGAUGGUACCUCGAGAGGCGCGAGCGGCAGGAGGAGCGGCGGAAGCGGCGCGCGAGCCGUCCGCGGCGAUACGCCGAGGCGGCGGAGCGGCGCGAGCGGCGCGAGCGCGAGCGCGAGGCGCGCCGUGCGGCGCGGCGCGCGAGGAGGGCGACGGACGGCGACGGCGCCGACGCGAAGAAGAGACGGACGGAGGGUUCCUCCCGCGGGGGCGGGGGCGGGGGCGCCGGUCGCGACGCUAAGGGCGGGGGCGACGACCGCCGCGGCGAUCGUGCGCGCGACCGGUCGAGGGGACGCGAGCGCGACGCGAAGGGAGGAGGCGGCGGGGACGACACAGCCGGCGAGCGUCGACGGGCCCGGUCCCCGUCGAGCUCGUCUUCGGGGAGUUACUCGGGGAGUUACACGUCGAGCUCGUACUCGUCGUCGUACUCGUCGUCGUCGUCGAGUACCGGGUCGGAAACGCGGCGGCGGCGACGCGAGCGGAAGGAGCGGAGGGAUCGUGACAGGCGGCGGGAGGCGGCGGGCGACGGCAGUUGA